AUGGUGCACCACUCUGAAAACUCUGCGCUCGCUGGGCGGGAGGACGUUGCGGUUGUGCCUCACACCACGUCCCCCGUAGUUCCCCGCGAGAACGACGUCAACACGAACAUCCUCAACAACGUCAACAUCUUGAACAACUGGUUCGACACGAUGCAGGGCCACUCCGCAAACCUCCAGCGGCUCGCGUCACAGGCAUCUACCCACCGAGACGAUGCGGACUUCCGUACCGAGACCGUCUCUGAGGUUACUUCCUACCAGGACGGCCUGCUCGGAUUUCAAAACGUUCUGGCUCAGCUUGGCGCCGACAAAGGCCUGGAGAACUACGACCGCUCCAACGAACUAGAGACACUGCUUAAGGAUCUGGUCAACUUGUCGAAGAACACCCUCAGCUACAUCGACGAGCUCGUGUAUCAGAUUCCGGUGCUCGGGCCGCUGUUGGGACCCGUCGUAUACCAGAUCAAGUGCAUUCUGGAUGAUGUCUUGAACGCCGUCGAGAACCUCACGGAUGCGAUCCUCAACGCAGUGCAACCCCUGCUCGUCGCACUGAUUGGACAAGUAACGGCGGCGGCAUGUGGCCUCGGUAUUCAACUAGGAUCGCUUUGCCUGUUGGUGUAG